AUGUAUAAAUCAUUUAUAAGUGUGUUUAAAGAAGUUGUUAGAUUAUAUUCAAAUAUUAAUGCAAUAGAGAUUGCAAAGUUUAAUAAAGAAUAUGUAGAUGAAAACAGUUGUAGUAAAUCGAAUUCACAGAGUAGUAGUUUAUUGGUUAGUCAUUUAACAUUUGAUCAACUUGAUAGGCUAUCUGAUUUAGUUGCACAAUCUCUGAUUAAUAUUGUUAACAAUAGCAAUGGCAAUAAUAAUAUAAAGAGUAAAAAAGUUAUAGUAAUAGGUGUAUUAGCACAACAUUCUUAUCAAUUAAUCAUUUCUAUACUUGCUAUUUUCAAGGCUGGUUAUGUUUAUCUACCUUUGGAUCUAUCAUUCCCAAAAGAAAGAUUAUUAUACAUGAUAGAGAAUUCAGAUUGUUCACUAAUAAUAACACAACAUCAACAACAUAAUUAUUUCAACGAUUGUAAUAGUAGUGUUUCAGAUUCACAUCAUCAUUGUAUAGAUUGUUUAAUAGAUAAUCAUUUGGAUAGUAGUUUAAGUUAUAAUAAUGAUAAUAAUAUUUGUUUCCAACCAUUAAAUAAUAAUUCAGAUGAUCUUGCAUAUUUAAUUUAUACUUCUGGAUCAACUGGAAAACCAAAAGGAGUGGAAGUCAAUCAUGCUGGAAUUGUUAAUUUUCUGGAGUGUCAAAUAGAUGCAUUUCAAAUGAGAGGCAAUCAUACGAGAAUACUUCAAUCACUGCCUGUUUGUUUCGAUGCCAGUCUGUCAGAGAUUGGAUGUUCACUUCUCUCCGGUAGUACUCUGGUAAUUGCAGAGUCUGUCGAGCAAUCCGCCAUUGUAAGAGCAUCGCCAAAGUAUUUCUUUGACUAUCUCGGAUGCAAUCGAGUCACCACCGUUAUGUUGGCACCUUCAUUCAUAUCGCAAAUUCAACUAAGUGAAAUCGAUUCGAUUGUUCCACAGUCACUGGAAACCAUUGUAGUGGGAGGGGAAGUAUGUCCAACCAGUGUGAUAAGCGAUUGGAUCAAGUUUGUAAGAUUGGUCAGUGUAUACGGUCCUACAGAAGCAACUGUUUGCAGUUCACUCUUAAUCUUCCCAAAGUCACACGCAGUUAAUCAACAACUACCAAAUACCAAUAGUAUUGGCAAUCCGAUUGCAAAUACCGAUAUCUAUUUGGUGACUUCACAACAAUCACGUGUUUCAGUUGGUCAAGUCGGUGAGGAAGGUGAGAUUUAUAUCUCAGGAAUAGGUGUUGCACGUGCUUAUCGUGGACUUGACGAAUUGACUGCUGAGAGAUUCACAGUGGAUAGCGUCACCGGUGUAAAGACGUUCAGAACAGGCGAUUGGGGAAGAAUGCUCAGUGAUGGAACCAUAGAGUUUAGAGGUAGAAUAGAUAAUCAAGUAAAGUUCAACGGUCAGAGGAUAGAAUUGGAUGAGAUAUCUCGAUCGAUUGAACUCUAUCCAUUGGUACAACAAGCUAUCGUUGAUAUUAAACAACUACCGAACAGUGGUGAUAAGAUAAUGGUUGCCUACAUCACAAUGAAAGAUAUACCAAUAUGUCAAGCCAAUAUUCACAAUCAAGAGUAUAAUAACAAUGAUAUUAAAUCGAUAGUUAACAAGUUCCUGGCAGUCCGAUUACCAAAGUAUAUGAUUCCAUCACAUUAUGUUAUAAUGAAGCAGGGUUUUCCUAUCAAUUCAAACGAGAAGAUAGAUAGAUCAAAAUUGCCUCUACCAGAGGAUAUAUCAUCAACAACAUCAACAAAUAAUAAUAGCGAAACUAUUGAAUCAUUGUUACAGAUUAUGUUGUCAGCUGUUCUUACAACAAAUAGUAUCGAUGUAAAUGCAGAUCUUAUAUCGGAUUAUGGAUUGAAUUCAAUUGGUUCCAUUAGGUUUAUUCAAUUGGCAAGAUCACAUGGAAUACAUAUAACACCAAUAGUAAUAUAUAGAGAAAGAACAAUUCAGAGAAUAGCUAAAUCAUUACAACAUCAUCAUCAAAAUGACAACAAAAGUACAAACACAAACAAUAAUAGUGAAGUAGAGCAAUCUGUUUUAAAUCUUAAAAAGAUUGCAGACCAAUUGAUAAACAAUUAUCUAACAACAGAAACAACAACAACACUUAAAGCAAACAGUAAUAAUAGCAAUAGUAGUAGUAAUAAUAAGAAUAGUAUACUACUUACUGGAUCAACUGGCAAUCUAGAUAUCCUAAAGAGUGAAGAAUAUAAAGAUUAUGAUAUUUAUUUAUUGGUUAGGAAUAGAGAAUCUGCAAUCUCUACUAUAUACAAUCAAAUUGAUUAUCUUAACGAUCCAAUUGCCAAUCAGUUAAAGUCGAGAGUCAUACUAGUUACUGGUGAUCUCUUAGCCAGUGAAAAUAGUAAUAGUAAUAGUUAUAUAGGAAUAGAUCCAUCCAUUUUAAAUGACAUUGUCAAAUCUGUUACCAUUGUUAUUCACAGUGCUGCCACUGUGCAUAUGAACUAUUCAUUCCAACAAAUGGUGAACGAAAACGUAGUAGGUUUGCUAAAUCUACUAAAGUUAUUACAGCAAUGUAGUCAACUUAAGCAAUUCCACUAUUUAUCUACUCUAUCUGUAUUACUUUCCAACAGUGAUAAGUGGUGUGAUAACAGUAACAACAACAAUAACAACACCUUUGUCACUAUUUACAACAAUGAGAGUGUCUUUCAGCAUCAUGAUAGUAAUAUAAUCUAUGGUGCAUAUGCACAGACAAAGUGGAUCAACGAAUAUAUUCUAGAGACAACGCUUUCGAUAUCAGAGUGUCGAAGUAACAACUUCAAUACUCAUAUACAUAGACCAGCUAUGAUAUGUUCGAAAUCACCAAGUUCAACCAACUACCUUAGUAGACUCUUACACUCUUCGAUAGCAAUCAAAUGUUAUCCAAGUCUACCUCAACGAAUCCACACUGAUAUUACACCAAUAGAUAGUUUUAUACAGUCUUUCACCAACAAUCUAAUGAAAUCACAACUACAACAACAAACAACAAACAAUAUUCAAUACUACCUGUAUCAUAAUCAAUCAAUUUCACUUUUGAACCUUUUUAAAGAACUUAAAACAACUAAAAAUAAUAAUAAUAAUAUAACUACAAAUAAUAAUAAUAAUAAUAAUAAUGAAUUACAAUUACCUUUAGAAAUGAUUUCAACCUCAGAAUGGAAAUCAAGAAUUAUCGAACAAUCAGAAUGUAUACCUAAUAUGAUGAAUUUCAUAACUCUAUUGGAUAUAUUAGACGAAAAUAAUGAUUAUAUUUAA